AUGAAAAAGGGCAAGGUGCAGAAGUCAGAGGCCAGGCGCCGAGGCUCAGCCUCCCGGCGCGCCAGCUCCGAAUGCACCGGAUCCAGCGCGCCGCCGCCCAGCCCCCCGCCCACCCCGCAGCCGCCCCUGUCUGGAGUCACCUCACAGCCCAGCAGUGAAUCCAUCCCCCCGCAGCCCGUGCCCCAGGCUCUCCCAGCUCCCGAAGUCAGCCGCUCGGCUCGGGGCGUCGUGGCUCCGGACACUGACACAAAAGCAUCCCCUCGAUCCAGCAAAACAGGGUCUGUGAUGCGAGCGGGCCCGCGCGCCUUCUGUUCCUGUUCCGCUUGUCCCUACAGCUCUGCUUGCUGGCAUCGUCUGGGCCUGUGCCAUAGCCGCACCUUCGAUGUCCUUCUGCCUCGGGCCUGGCCGACCAUGCUGGGGAGAGGAUUCCCAAACCUGCUCACCUUCUACAGAAGACCUGCAAGUAAACAUUCCACUCAUGGUAAUUCGCGGGCUCCAAGCCCUCAGGACUGUUGCUGUGGCUCUGGGAGCCCUGGGAGCUGCCUACUAUAUCGCUGA